AUGGCAUCUCCUAUAGCGCAAUAUCCCAAAACUGGAAUACGAGUUAUCAUAGUCGGUGCUGGCUUUGGGGGUCUUACAGCUGCAAUCGAAUGCACACUUAAAGGCCACACUGCUAUCAUAGUCGAGAAAACUCCAACAUUUGAACAGCUUGGUGAUAUUAUCUCAAUUAGUACAAAUGCAGGCCGAAUCAUGUCACGAUGGGAUCCAGCACUCAUAGAGGAGAAGCUGCGCCCCGCAGCCAUGCCCCCAAACCGUGAGAGACCGAUGUACAACGGACAUCGAGCAGACAUUCACAAGGUGUUCUACGAAUACGCCAAGUCGCUCGGCGUCGAGUUCAAUAUGGGUCAAAAGGUCACUGGAUAUAAAGAAGAUGCAGCUAGCGGCAAAGCCUGGAUUGAAACCGAGUCUGGCGAGAUCUUCAAGGGCGAUGUUGUAGUCGGUGCCGAUGGAGUUCGAAGUAGGGCAAGAAAACUGAUUCUUGGAUACGAAGAUAAACCGAGGAGUAGCGGAUAUUCUGUCUGGAGAGCUUGGUUCAAUGCAGAGGAGAACGGUGUCACGACAGAUCCUUUGACUAAAGAGUUCGUGGAGAAUGGAGAUACACACACUGGAUGGCUAGGGGACGAUAUGCAUUUGCUAGUAGCGAGCUGCAAAGGCGGAAAGGAGAUUUCCUGGGUUUGUACAAGAAAAGAUGAUUCGAAUCUCGAAGAGUCUUGGUCAAGCAAAGGAAAAGUAGAGGAUGUUCUCAACCGCAUCAAGGACUGGGAUCCAAAAUGCCGCGCAAUUGUAUCAAAAUCGCCUUCAUGUAUGGACUGGAAACUUGUAUGCAGAGAUCCUCUACCAACAUGGGUUUCUCCCACUGGCCAUACCUGUCUCCUCGGGGACGCAGCGCAUCCUUUCCUUCCAACCUCAGUACAGGGCUGUUCUCAAGCAAUCGAAGAUGGCUCUGUGCUUGCUACAUGUCUCUCCCUAUCGCAUCAAGAUUCCACUAUUCCCGCAUCUGAGAAGAUUCCCAGAGCCCUUCGUGCUUAUGAACGACUCAGAUAUGAGCGUGUGAAAUCUGCACAAAAGACUGGCGAGGAUCUUCGGGACAAAUGGCACAAGUGCGAUUACAAAACUGUCCAUUUAAAUCCUGAGAGCAUCAGGAUGCCUCGGGAGGAUUGGCUGAUUAAACACGACAGCGAGAGAUUCGUCAGGAGGAUGUGGGGCAGCGUUGCAGCCGAGCUGACCGGGGGUCCUGUUAUCCCGAGGAAGAGUUUGGCGGCCGGCAGGGAAAGCGACGAGAAGUUUGAUAACAUCGAACUUCCGCCCACACCCAUUUCAACACCAAAGGAAGAGCUGGCCAAUCCUUUGAGAUAA